CAGCAGAGGAGGAGAGGACACAGAAGAACACACACAAACUAACUAUAGCAAAACAAAAAUUCUAUUCUGUCAACUGGACAAAAGUUUUAGAGUGAAGACGUUUCACCGCUCAUCCAAGUGACUUCUUCAGUUCUGGUCAGAUUGAGACACUGCCUUAUACAAUAUACUCAGUCCUCCUGAUUGCUGGGCAUCUUCUCCACAAUGGUCACCAGCAGGUCCAUAGUGUUUGUGGUCUCAGUGUUGAUCUUAUGGGAUGGUGCUCACAGCUUCAUGCCCCUCUUCUCUCUGAGGGGAAACUCCUCCACUCACCGGGACAUCACCAGACAGGCUGUCCUGAGGAAGACCGCAGAAGUGUGCAGAGAUAUCGCAGCCUCUGAGAGCCGACCUUUCAGCCUUACAAUUGACAAUGCAUUGACAGUGGAAAAAGUCCAGUCGGCGUGUUCAGGAAACUCCACUUCAGUCCUGUCCACUGUUAUGUACCACACAUCCAUCGCCUCCAUGUACUUCAGUAACGCGCUGGUCGACCUGGUGUACGCACUCAGCGAGGAGCACCACUUUGAUGAUGAGACAUUCAAGGGGGGCAGAGAGGUCCUCACUUCAGAUGUGGCUGCAGUGAAAUCCAGUGUGAAGCAGGAGAACUUUAUGGCUGGACGGUUUCUUUUGGGACGAGCAUGUCACACCCUUCAAGACUUCUACAGUCACAGUAACUGGGUGGAGCUGGGAAAGACCUCUCCAUACAGCGCUCUCAUCACUCCCGACCAGAGCCUGGAGAACCUGGCAGGACCAAAUGUGAGCACAUGUCGAAACUGUACUAAUGGGGAUUGUACCAACAACCUCUUGCCUGAUUUGCUGCAACAGGGCCUGCUCACUUCUGGAUACUUCAACAUCUUCUCCUCAGAAAAACCUGCUGGUAAAUGUAGUCACGGAGGGUCCUUUGAUAAAACCAGUAAACGGGCACCCAUAGGAGGCAUCAGUAAGGACACAGUGCACUCCAGUCACGGUAGCCUCCAUCACCAAGCUGCAGAUCUGGCUGUGAAUGCCACCGUAGAGCUGCUGGAGGACAUCAGACUGGCUGUGGGAGACAAGAACUUUCUCAGACUGAUGGGCCUCUCCCAGUCCUCCGUUCUGUGCUUCGUUAUUGACACCACCGGCAGCAUGUCUGACGAUAUUGCAGAGGCAAAACGUGUCUCUUUUGAAAUCAUUGACAGCAAAAGAGGAUCACAGCAGGAGCCCUCUGCUUACAUACUGGUGCCGUUCAAUGACCCAGAGUUUGGACCUCUGGUAAUGACCACAGAUGCGGAGAAAUUCAAAGCGGAAAUCAAUAAGCUGUCAGCGAGUGGAGGUGGGGAUAUCCCUGAGAUGUGCUUGUCUGGUUUACAGCUUGCCAUGACCGCUGCACCUCCCUCCUCUGAGAUCUUUGUCUUCACGGAUGCUCCUGCUAAAGACGCUCAUCUGAAAAAUACCAUCUACGCUUUGAUCGAGAGCACCAAGUCUGUGGUGACGUUCAUGUUGACAGAUGUGUUGGCAUCACGGCGGCGCAGAAGAGUACAGAGCGCCCCGGUCCGGGCCUUGAGCCAGGCAGACGCUCAGCUGUACCGCGACCUGGCCAAAGCCUCUGGGGGGCAGGCCAUCGAGGUCACCAAGUCCGGCCUGUCCGCUGCUACCACUGUAAUAGAGGACUCAUCAGCCAGUGCUGUGGUUAAUGUGUUUCAAGUGGUGAGUAAUCCAGGAAAGCCUGAGAAAUUUAAUUUCACUGUGGAUGGUUCAAUAAAAAACAUGACCCUCUAUAUCACUGGCGCCUCAUCACUCACCUUCAACAUCUCCAGUCCUUCAGGUGCCUCCCAGAGCUCCAGUGUGUCCAAUGGACCUUUGGCUUCAAUGACCACAGCAGGAAACCUCCGGCGCUUAAGUCUCAACACUGACAACCAAACGGGAUUGUGGAAAAUUGAUGUCAACUCCAAUGACCCAUACUCUGUUAAGGUCAUAGGUCAGAGUUCAGUAAACUUCAUCUAUAACUUGGUUGAACCCCAUGAGGGAGCCCAUGGAGACUACAGUCUGAAGGAGGGACGCCCUGUCACUGGCGGUAAUGCUACAGUGUUGGUGACAGUUACCAGUGAUGCUGUGAAAAUCACAGAGGUCACACUGUAUGACAGUUCUGGGCCGACUGAAGUCAAUGGGACACUGAAGCCACAGAGCGAUGGGAACAUUCUUGUGUUCUUUGAUAACAUCCCAUCUGGAGACUUUGUGCUUCGUAUAAAAGGAGAAGACAGCACCACCACCAGGAAUACACCGACCAGCUUUCAGCGACAAGCAUCCACUCAGAUAAAGUCUUCUAGUAUCUCUGUCACAGCCCAAGUGUCCAGCAUGUCCAUUGAACCAGGUUCCUCCCUCUCCAUCCCCUUCACUGUGGCCUCUUUGUCCAAUGGGGCGGUCAAUCAAAAUGCAUCUGGAGAGUUCACAGUAAAUGCCCAGAAUGACCGAAGCUACUCCUCCAGCUCACCAUCCUCCGUCACCAUGAGCGAGGGCAGGGCCAAUGGUACUGUGACCAUCACUGUCCCAUCCAGUGCUCCAUCGGGGUCAGAUGUGACCCUCACCAUCACCGCUCAGGACUCCACUGCCUCCGACAUCAACUACACUGUGCUCCGCUUUUCUGUGGCUGCAAAGGUGACAGACGUGACCCGGCCGGUGUGUGAGGUGGUCAGUACAACAGGAGACUGUUCCUCCUCCGUGUGCUCCUCUUCUCAAUGGGGGCUCACCGCCAACAUCAGCGAUGGUGUUAAUGGAACAGGCAUAGAUAGUGUGACGGUGCGCCAGGGCAGUGGGACCCUGAACACCACCUCCUCAUCAUCAGGUGGUGUGAACAUCACUGUGGCCACGUACAGUGCCUCCUGCUGUUCACAGAGCGUAGAGCUGAGGAUUCUGGAUAAAGUCGGGAACGUGCAACUGUGUGCCGGACAGGCCAAAGCAGCGACAACAGCGGCUCCAACAAACACCACAACAAACUCUACAGCCAUUGGUCUGCACUCAGUGAGUGUCAGGCAUCCUCUGUGGGCCAGUCUGCUGCUCCCUCUAGUUUGGUGGUAUUAAAAGAAUUCACAUUAAGAUUAGCUCCCAUGUUCUUACAGCUUGAAGAUUUUUUAAUAGAAGAUUUAUAGAUCCAUCAAGCAGGCAAAGUGCUCUUAAGAUAUUUUACUAAUAGGAGACCCAUCUGUGAAUAUAACCCAUGGUACAGUGUUGUGCCAUCUUUGCUUUUACUCCUGUUUUAAGUUGUCUUUUCUUUAGGCAAGUACUUAAUUCCACAUUUUUCUUGCAUGGGGGUGAAUAGUCUGUCUCAGUUUCCUGUAAGCACAGUGGUGUCUCAAAAAUGUAACAUGUGUUUAUAUUUUUUAUUUUCAUGGGAUUACAUUGAGAUGAAUAACUAUUUAGCAGUUUAUUUGAUUGCUUUGUGAAUUUUUACCAGAACCAUACCAGUCUAAUAAACCUGAAGUCAAUCUCUAUAAUCAAAAAGGUUUUAAUGUGUACA